CGAACCACUGUUAUAUUGUUGUUACUUCACGGGCCCAUCAGAAGCCCGCACGUGCUCCUUUUUGAUCCGACGGUUAAUAAUCGUGGUAUGCGCUCGUUAACCUCAUGUUUCCACACCGCGCAGGAUAGCCCUUCUACUCUGUAAAUGGUUAUCGUUCUCCAUAGGAUGCGCGUUACCCUCCCUUCCUAAAUUCUACCCGCCACUUUCUCAGUUACUUUGGUGUUCAUUUCUUUAGUGACCGUUAAAAAACACACACGCAUCUAAAGGUAGAGUUGAAGAUUUGUUUGGAUCUCGAAGAGGUUGAAGAGAGGUGGAUUACAUUUGUGGGAUGAAGAAGUCUGAUGGGUUGGUUUGAUUUACCGGCAAGAGACCAAUAUGAGAUUGUAUGAGUUCGAAGGAAUCCGAAUGAGUUGGAGAUCAUAAUUGCAGUAACAAAUUUUACUGUUUAGUUCUCUUCUGAAUAGACCAUUUUGAAGAGUUUUUUUGGAUUAAGUUUCCUUGAUGUUUUAGAGGGAGGAAUGUCUGAGGGAACGAGUCUAAUUAUCGAAUCUUCGGAGAAUGGCACUGAUUUGUCCCAAGAUGAUAUUGGCACAAUGGAGGAAACACCUGAGGACACAAUUUUGUCAAGACAGACUUCUGUAAACCUUGUACCCUUUAUUGGCCAGAGAUUUGUCUCUCAAGAAGCUGCAUAUGAAUAUUAUUGCACUUUCGCAAAGCAGUUUGGGUUUUCAAUCAGACGUAAUCGUACUCGAGGUAAAGAUGGGGUUGGCCGAGGAGUUACAAGAAGGGAUUUUACUUGCCAUCGAGGUGGAUAUCCACAGAUGAAGCUAUCUGAAGAUGGGAAGAUGCAGAGGAACCGCAAAUCAUCACGAUGUGGAUGUCAAGCUUAUAUGAGGAUUGUUAAGAGGACACAUUUCGAUGUCCCCGAAUGGCGUAUUACAGGCUUUAGCAACAUCCAUAACCAUGAAUUGUUGAAAUCAAAUGAAGUGUGUCUCCUUCCAGCCUACUCUACCUUGUCUCCCGAUGAUAAGAGCCGGAUUUGCAUGUUUGCUAAAGCUGGAAUGUCUGCGAGACAAAUGUUAAGAUUGAUGGAACUAGAGAAAGGUGUUAGGCUAGGUUGCUUGCCUUUUACAGAAGUUGAUAUCAGAAACUUACUACAAUCUUUUAGAAAUAUUGAUAGGGACAAUGAUGCUAUUGAUCUCAUUGCAAUGUGCAAAAAAAUGAAAGAUGAGAACAGUAAUUUCAAGUAUGACUUUAAAAUAGAUGGCCAUAAUAGGCUGCAAUACAUUUCAUGGUCUUAUGCUUCAUCUGUUCAAUUGUAUGAAGCAUUUGGAGAUGCAGUGAUUUUUGACACGAGUCACUGUCUGGAUGCCUAUGAUAUGUUGGUGGGCGUUUGGCUUGGAGUAGACAAUCACGGAAUGACAUGUUUCUUCGGUUGUGUGCUUCUAAGGGAGGAAAAUAUGCAGUCAUUUUCUUGGGCACUGAAGACAUUUUUGGGCUUCAUGAAAGGAAAGGCUCCACAGACAAUACUAACUGACCACAACAUGUGGCUUAAGGAGGCAAUUGCUACUGAAAUGGCUCAGACAAAACAUGCCUUUUGCAUAUUGCACAUCAUUGCGAAGUUCUCAGAUUGGUUUUCUGUACUGCUGGGCUCGCGUUAUGAUGAGUGGAAAGCUGAGUUUCAUCGGCUUUAUAAUCUGGAUUCGGUUGAAGAUUUUGAACAAGAGUGGAAAGAAAUGGCUAAUAAUUAUGGACUUAAUACAAAUAAGCAUAUUAUCAGCUUAUACACGUUACGAACAUUUUGGGCUCUAGCAUUCUUGAAGCAUUACUUCUUUGCAGGAAUGAUGCAUACAUCUCAGACAAACUCAGUUAAUGCUUUUAUCCAACGGUUUCUGAGUGCACAGUCUCAGCUAGAUCGUUUUGUAGAGCAACUGGCUGAUAUUGUAGAGUUUAAGGAUCGAGCUGGAGCAAAGCAAAGAAUGCAACAAAAAGGGCAGAGAUUCUGCCUUAAAACAGGUUCACCAAUUGAAUCACAUGCUUCCUCUGUUCUUACUCCUUAUGCCUUCGGUAAGCUCCAAGAGGAGCUCAUUCUGGCUCCGCAAUAUGCAUCUAUUCUGGUAGAUGAAGAUUGUUUCCAGGUUAGACACCAUACUCAGAUGGAUGGAGCCUGGAAAGUGAUUUGGCAUCCUUGUCAGGAACACAUCAGCUGUAGUUGCCAUCUGUUUGAGUUCUCGGGCAUCCUCUGUCGACAUGUUCUUCGUGUCCUCUCAACCAAUAACUGUUUUCGCAUUCCUGACCAAUAUCUACCACUCCGUUGGAGGGGUUUGAGUUCAUCUUCCACUAAUGCAUUUCAGCCUAUGCCUAUAAGAGAGCAUUCAAGAAAGGUUCAGUUUUUAGAGUCUCUGUCUUCUGCACUUGUCGCGGAAUCAGUUCAAUCGGAGGAGCAUCUUGAUGCUGCUUGUGAGCAAGUUUCCAUGGUGGUAUCACAUAUUAAAGACCUUCCUAAGGCAGUGCAUGGUGCAAAUGAUAUUCCAAACGACAUAUCAUAUAAUCGCCCAUCUGACUCAUUGAUUCUACAAGAAGUGGAAGAUGCAGAUGGAAUUGUUAAUUUUUCAAUUGGAAAUCCUCAUGAAUCCAUCACUCUAGGAAAGCUUAAAGAAAAAAGAUUAGGAGUUGGAGACGAUACUAGUAAGAAGCGAAGGCAUUGUUCAGGGCUUUGUUGUGGUCACUGUGGCCAGUAUGGAUAUGAUGCAUCCGAAUGUCAUAUAAUGGGAGGUGAUAACUUGAAUGGGGAAGCCCUAGGGUACUUGUAGAAUGUGUAAAAAUGGUCUAUUUUUGUCUGAAAUAUUGUCUUAUUCUUAUGCAACUAUUUUUCCUUUAAAACUCAAUUUUGCAAAAUUGUUUUGUCAUUCCCCAUUGGAACAAAAAUGUAACAGAGAUCUGUAAAUAAAAUACCGUAUGGCUAUAUAAUCGGUUCAAUCCUAGUGUUGAUGAACAA